UAUGGCUUGCUAGUCCUGCCUGGACAGUGUUUCCUGUGCUCCUUUAUCUUUAUGGCCUGCUAGUCCUGGCUGCAGGGCUCAGCCCUGAGUCUGUGGCUUUUGGGGUUUACUCUUUUAUGGCCCGCUAGUCCUGCCUGGGCAGUGCUUCUUGCAUUCCUUUAUCUUUAUGGCCUGCUAGUCCUGGUGGCAGGGCUUACUCUUUUAUUUUGUAUUUUUAAACCUUAAAUUCGUAUAAUUUUUCUUUCAACAGCAGUCCCUCGCCUAGGCCAGCUGAAAGGAAAUGUUCCACUUCAAGUUGCAGGGUGUUCUUGAGUUCUCCAAGUUUUGUGGUAGCCAAAGCUGUGGUACAAACUCCCAACUAAGCCAUUUGAGGUUGUGCUGCCACCUGCUGCAGCCACCACUUGCCACCAAACAGGGAAUUAAAAAAAAUUGCCAAAGACCAGUGACUGAAAAUCUUUUAGCCUGUCCACUAAUCCUGUCUCAGAAAAGGCUCCCAGCCAGCUGUUGGGUAACAAAAAGGGGUGAGAGUUUUAUUUGGGCUAUCCUGCACCAUUUAAAAAGAGUAUAUUAUUAUUGAGUACACUGCAGGGGAGUAGUGAAGUGGGCAGUAACUAACUGCUUGUAGCUUUAUAUGUAGUUUUAAGCUCAGUAUACAAUGUCAGGUUGCUUCAUCUGUUUCAAUAAAUAAAAUAUGAAGUCCUGUAGUCAAUACCUACACCUACUCAUUCCCAGCACAAUGACUGCUUUCACAGGAAAGGUGAAGGCACUGUCAGCCCCCACUUAAGUAUUGUGCUUUUCUUUGUGUGACCCCCUUGUGGCAGUUAAUUCUUCCGCUGUUUUUUAAAAAGUCCACGGGUCUUUCUGAUGCUAGAGGGCAAACUCCCAGUUCUAGACAAAAGAAUGCAGCCAGUGGUUUCUCCCUAAACUGUUAUUCAAAUUACUUAAAGCCUUCGGGGUCCCAGCAUUGUCUUGUUAAUUACACCUGUAACCCUGUGGCUGUUUUCUGAAUUCACUACACUAAAUUUGCCCUUGUUGGAAUAAUUUUCUUAAUUGGACACUCCCCUUUUCACCCUAUCCAAAAAAAAAAAAAAAAAAUGGCGCGCCUGAAGUCCUUAGAAGAGCUAACCUCUGUGAAAUAAACACCAGCUUUGCCAAGUCACUCGGGAGCUUAAAAGAAACAGUGGAUGCAGAUUUUUUUUUUUCUUAUCGGUGACAUCACCGACGCGGUCUGCUACCUUCCGCGCCUGCGUUGAGCCUGGUCGCCGUUGCGCGCCAUGUUGAUAAUUGGCGGAUGCUGUCUCAAAAGCAAACCUGAGCAUGCGUAGAACAAGCCGCCUUCCCAGUUUAGGCGGCAGAGACAGCUACUAGGUCCGAUGCGGAAGUGCUUUCCCAGGCCGUUCACCGAAAGGUCUACCUACCCAACAGCCCGAAAAAAAUCUGGUUGAUGUACCGCUCGUGGGAGUCGUGGGGAACAGUGCUGCAUUGAAGGGUGCUGGAUUGAAUCAGCAUUCAAAGGCUUCUUUACAGUGCCUGAGCUAGACGGCCCCAGUGAGGUGAGAGAAGAGGAAAAAUAACAUCUUAGAGCCUUACCGACCUUUGGACAUUUUGAGGUCUGAGGAGGGAUAACAGCUCAGCUUUCAUACAUCUGUUUUCUCAAGAAAAGCAGGAAAUGGCAAAACUCCAGAGUCUCUCUGUAUGCAGUCCUGGCUGACUUCAAGCUCACUGUUUAGCCCAGGGUGAUCUGAAACUCAAGAUCCUCCUGUCUCCAACUGCCAAAUGCUGAAAUUGCAGGAACUAGUGACAUUUGAGGAUGUAGCUGUGGAUUUCACGAAGGAGGAGUGGCAAUACUUGAACUCUCCACAGAGGACUCUGUACCGAGACGUGAUGCUUGAAACCUAUAGUAACCUCGUUUCUGUAGGCAAAGUGGCUUCCACAGGCUCUGAAGAACAAGGAAGUACCUAUCAUUUAUCAUCCUCAGAACAGCAGGUUACUAAGCCUGAUCUCAUUAUCAAGCUGGAGGUAGAAGAACCAAACCCAGAAGAUGUGGAAAUUCCAGUUUGGAGCUUUCCAGGUAUCUGGGCUAUCCAGCCUCUGGUUCCUGACCAUCCAGGCAGUGUCAGAAGUCUGCCAAGUUAAUGAACAAUUUGAGAGGCAACAUCAAGAUAAACAAGAUAAGUAUCUGUUGAUGCAAGUUGGAUUCCCUAAUGACAAAAUAAUUACCAAGAGUGGCCAGAACCAUACUGAAUUUGGAAAUGCAUUUCAUGUGAGCACAAGUCUUGUUGUUCCAAUGCAAAGAUCCCAUCAAUUUGAAUCAUUUGGAAAUAACAUGGUAGACAAUUUCAACUUACUUACUAGAAGCUCUACAGAAAAUAAACAUGAUACUGGGUGUGCAAAAUUUUUCUUCCAUACAGAAUAUGCAAAUCCUAAUUUCAUGAUGAAACCCUAUGGAUAUAAAGAAUAUGAAAAAACCCUCAGGCAAAAGAAAGGCCUUAGCCUUCAUCAACGAAUUAAAAAUGGAGAGAGGCCUUUUGAAUGUACUGCAUGUCAGAAAACCUUCAGCAAAAAGUCACAUCUCAUUGUCCAUUGGAGAACUCAUACAGGAGAAAAACCAUUUGAAUGUUCUGAGUGUGGAAAAGCCUUUAGCCAAAAGUCUCAGCUCAUUAUACACCUCAGAACUCAUACAGGAGAAAGACCCUUUGCAUGUCCAGAAUGUGGCAAAGCCUUUAGAGAAAAGUCAACUGUCAUCAUACAUUAUAGAACUCAUACAGGAGAGAAGCCUUAUGAAUGUAAUGAAUGUGGGAAAGCCUUUACACAGAAAUCAAACCUCAUUGUCCAUCAAAAAACCCACACAGGAGAAAAAACCUAUGAGUGUACCAAGUGUGGGGAAUCUUUCAUACAGAAACUUGACCUAAUUAUACACCAUAGUACUCACACAGGAAAGAAGCCUCAUGAAUGUAAUGAGUGUAAGAAAACAUUCAGUGAUAAGUCAACCCUUGUUAUACAUCAGAGAACUCACACUGGAGAGAAACCUCAUAAGUGUAUUGAAUGUGGGAAGUCUUUCAAUGAGAAAUCAACCCUCAUUGUGCACCAAAGAACUCACACUGGUGAGAAGCCCUAUGAAUGUGAUGUAUGUGGGAAAACUUUCACCCAAAAAUCAAAUCUGGGUGUGCAUCAAAGAACUCAUUCAGGAGAGAAACCAUUUGAGUGUAAUGAAUGUGAAAAAGCCUUCUCUCAGAAAUCCUACCUCAUGCUACAUCAACGAGGCCACACUGGUGAGAAGCCCUAUGAAUGCAAUGAAUGUGAGAAGGCAUUUUCCCAGAAGUCCUAUCUCAUUAUACAUCAAAGAACCCAUACAGAAGAAAAACCUUACAAAUGUAAUGAAUGUGGAAAGGCCUUUCGAGAAAAGUCAAAACUCAUUAUCCAUCAGAGGAUCCACACAGGAGAGAAACCCUAUGAAUGCCUUGUGUGCUGGAAAGCUUUCAGCCAGAAGUCACAGCUCAUUAUCCAUCAGAGAACACACACAGGAGAAAAGCCCUAUGAAUGCACAGAAUGUGGCAAAGCAUUCAGGGAAAAAUCAACAUUCACUGUACAUCAAAGAACUCACACUGGAGAGAAGCCCUAUAAGUGUACAGAAUGUGGGAAAGCCUUUACCCAGAAAUCCAACCUUAUUGUACAUCAGAGGACCCAUACAGGAAAGAAAGCCCAUGGAAGAGGCCACACUCACAAGUCAAAGCCCACUAUGCAGUAGUGUCUUUCAUACAUUCCAAAGGAAAAUCUAUUCAUUUAAUGUUUAAAAACUAUGACUUGGAUUCUAGCCUAAUCAUUGGGAUAAAGACCAUUUCCUUUCAUCUUUUUCACCCUAAUGCAAAUUGAAAAAGAAUUAGAUGUGUAAUUUCUUUGAAACCACUGGAAUCAUAGGGCUACCAGAGGAAGCGGCAAUCGAGCACCAGUGCAGGAGAUUUAAGGGCUUCAGAAGUGAGGCAGCAGUGUUAAGGGCUCUGUUGAGGGUUCAGUUGUACUCUAAGGUGCAUGACCACAGACAGCUAUGACAAAGAUCAUGUGAGGUCUGGGGAGAAACGAGCAGAAAAACCUUGCAUUUACAGAAAGUAAUCUGACAGAUUUGAGGAACAGCUGGAGGUGAGGGAGAUUGGGCCUUGUUUACUGAUUUAGAGAAAGUAAAGUCUGAAAGAACUAACAUAUGUUAAGGGGUGUCUCAGUUGUUUAAAAAACUGAUAUCAUGGUAUGUUCCUCACAAGAACUUUUGGAAAAUAGCAAGUCCAGAAAUGACUUUUCUCAUCAAAAUAAAAGCAUUUAAAAGUAAUCAAAACCACAAAUACAUUUCCACUUCUAGAAAUACAUAUACUGGUAUGUUUGUAAAAUACUCAAAACAAAGAGGUAUUUGUUGAUGUAUUGUUUGAAAACUAAAGAUUAGAAGCUAUUGAAAUUGCAUCACAUGGAUUCUGCCUCCUGAAACUGAUAACGUUCUUACAGCAGACUCCUCAGAGACAAAAAGGAACAAAACAUGGAUAUCACUAGUGAUUUAAGGUGAUCUCCAAGUUACAUCAUUAGAUAGGAAAAGCAAGGCACAGCAAAGUGAGUAUUAUGUUUUACUCUUUGUAUAUAAAAAGGGGAAAAUUGUAAGUACAGAAUGGAUUGUAUGUAUAAGCUGUUUCUGGAAAGGAAUAUAAAAAUGUGAUUACUAUUACUACUUUACAAAAGGAAAUAGGGCAGUAGGUGACUAGGGAGAUGAAACUUGGAGACAACUUUGUAUUCUUUCAUACCUUUGGAAAGUUGUACUACCAGUUUGAAAAAUAAAUCUUUAAAAUUGUA